AUGCGUGUUGGUGGUCAGAGGAUUGCUGCGGGGAGAAACGCGGAACUAUGCCGCCAGCCCGCCGGCUUAUGGUUGGGGAGAACUGAGGCAUCCGUGAUGGGAUGGAGCAGAUGGACGUCUGCACCGCCCCCUCUCGGCCACGCGCGACCUGUGCUCGAACCGCUACUGCGCAGUAGAGGCUGCAGCCCUCGUUGGUUGGGUCGCUCCUUUGCUACACGCUCGGCACCGGCCUCAUCUUCAUCCUACGCUCGCAAAUCUGCCGUCCCCUCAUCAUCAUUCGCCUCCUCUGCGCGCCCCGUGGGCAGUGUAAGUGGCGGCGGUGCGCCGUUCGUGUCCUCCCACUUCUCCAUCAGCGAAGAUGAGAUCACCCACUUCUUCAGCCGGAAGAGCCUCGUGUGGAAGCGGAGCGGCGAGGAGCUCGUCGUGCAGACGUGCCCCACCUGCCCCGACCACAAAUACAAGAUGGACAACCUCUUCAAGCUCUACAUCAGCAAGCGCACCGGCCAGUUCUUCUGCCACCGCUGUGGCAACAAAGGUUCGUGGUUCGACUUCAAGAGGCUGUAUGGCGAGAUUCCGUACACUGCGCCCAUGUCGGCACCCGUGCCGGCCUCGGGAGAGGUCGCGCACGACCACCAGCACCACCAGCACGCGCCAGCUCCGGGCCUGCAGGAAGAAAGAGAGAAACCGCUGCCAGACCACGACGUUGUCUCCAAGUACCCCUUGGCCCUCUUCAACGAGUAUCCGCAGGUCUUGACCUUUCUCACCGGCAACAAGACCAAAGUGCAGCGACACUUGUCCGAGGAAGUGAUUCGCAAAUACAAGGUGGGAGCCACCAAGUACGCAUUUGGCGGGGACUCGGAACAGUGCGUGACCUUUCCCUGGAUCGACGCCGACGCCGAGGGCAGGAACUCCAUCAGGCGAUUGAAGAUUCGGUCGAUAAAGAACAAGGCCAACCAGCGAUUAACCCCAGCCGGCGGGCAAUGGGGGUUCUUCGGUUGGCACACGGUGCCCGCCGAUGCCAAGGAGAUCGUAAUCACCGAGGGCGAGUUCGACGCCAUGGCCGUCUAUCAGGCCACAGGGCUGCCGGCCAUUUCGCUGCCCAACGGAGCCCACUCGCUCCCCGUGGAGCUGCUGCCCCGACUCGAGCGGUUCGAGAAGAUAUACCUCUGGAUGGACGACGAUAUCCCGGGCCAGGAGGGCGCCGCCAAGUUCGCCCAGAAGCUGGGAAUUAAGAGGUGUCUGCUGGUGCGCACGAAGCAGGGCGACCCCGAAGGCCCGAAGGACGCCAACGACGCCCUUCGCGCGGGCAAGGACCUGAAUGCGAUAUUGAAGAAGGCCGGCAGGACGCCGCACCAGCAGGUCAUCUCGUUCCAGGACAUCGCGGACGAGGUGUAUCGCAACAUCUGUUCGCCCGACGAGCUCGCCGGCGUGCCGUCGAAGAUGUUCCCCUCCCUGACCAAGAUAUUGAAGGGGCAUCGCAAGGGCGAGUUGACGGUGUUCACCGGCCCGACCGGCGUGGGCAAGACCACGCUUCUCAGCCAGCUCUCCCUCGACUUCGCGAUGCAAGGCGUGCGCACUCUCUGGGGCAACUUCGAAAUCAAGAACACCUACCUCGCACAGAAGAUGCUCCUCCAGUACGCCGGCAAGAAUUUGGCCGAGCUGCAGGACAGAGCGCAGUGGGACGAGGCCUCGCGGGCCUUCUCCGACCUGCCCCUGUACUGGAUGCGAUUCCACGGGAGUACCAGCGUUGACCAGGUGCUCGACGCCAUGGACUACGCCGUCUACGUACACGACGUCGAACACGUCGUCCUCGACAACCUACAGUUCAUGCUCAGUGGUCAGGCCUGGGGCCAAGAGGGCGUGGCCGCGGGCAACAAGUUCGACAUCCAGGAUCGCGCGCUCGAGGAGUUCCGACGGUUCGCCUCCACCAAGAACGUACACAUCACCCUCGUCAUCCACCCGAGGAAGACCGAAGACGAUCGGCCGCUCAACGUCGCGUCCGUCUUUGGCAGCGUCAAAGCCACACAGGAGGCCGACAACGUGUUGAUCCUGCAGUACAACAAGGGCGAGGACUGGAAGUGGCUCGAGGUCGCCAAGAAUCGAUUCGACGGCGAACUGGGGCCGAUUGCGCUCCAGUUCAACAAGAGGAACAAGUCGUAUCGCGAGAUGCCCACCACGGGCCUGCUCAACAAGGCACGCAAGGGCGCCAGCAAGGGCGCAUCCAACCAGCCAGACGACCCACAACCCGCCACCGCUUCCUCCUCCACCACCAGCACCACUCCCACCACCAAGGCUGGGUGA